AUGCUAAGAUAUAUCAACUAUACUUCAAUAAGAAGGAUAAAGAUAGAUAACCUAAGAAGUUUUUCUAAUUCGGCUUGGCUUUAUAAUUCUAAAUCAAACAAAGAAACGCAAACUGAGGGAGAUCUAUAUUUUGGAAAAUUUACCAAGGAAGAGUACGAUAAUGCAGCUCAUUACGUUAAAAAUCAAAUAAGCCGUUUGGAAAAGGAAAUAAAAGGUGAUGUAAACAUACGUGAAAAUUUAGGCACAAUGCCAACUCUUCCGGUAAUGUCUGAUAGUGGAAAGAAAAUUAGAGUUGAUGAUUUAUCAAGUCUUUUGUCGGAAACCAUUAAAACGACGGGUCCAUUAUCUUUGCUGGCCUUUAUCCGUCAAUGCCUAACACACCCACAAUUUGGAUAUUAUACUACUCGUGACCCAUUGAAUGCUUCAAGUGGUGAUUUUAUCACGUCACCAGAAAUUUCUUCUAUGUUCGGCGAAAUGAUAGGUAUAUGGUUAUUUAGUACUUGGUUAAAUCAGAAUAAACCACAAAAGUUAAACAUUAUAGAGUUUGGUCCUGGACGAGGGACACUUAUGUACGAUUGUUUAAAGUCGUUCAAUAAAUUCAAGAAGAAUUUAAUUCAAGAAGAAAACAUAGAGAUCACCAUGAUAGAAGCUUCACCCGUCUUGAGAAAGGAGCAGUGGAAAUUGUUGUGUGGAAGCAAUGAGUUUACAACUGACAGUGAUGGAUUCAAUAUCUCACAGACUCAAUGGGGGAAUAGAAUUAAAUGGGUUGAUAACGAAACAGAUAUAAUCAAGGAUGAAAGCGUUGCCAAUUAUAUCAUAGCUCAUGAGUUUUUCGAUGCGUUACCUAUUAAAAGUUUUCAAAAAACUAAGCAUGGAUGGAGGGAGCUAGUGGUAGAGCAUACGCCGAGUGUCGAUAAUACUCAACUUUCAUUGCCAGAAGGUUCCUCAUCAAAUUCAAGCUCAGGAGACAAUGACUUAUUAAAUACAGAAUUUCAUUUAACCUUGUCUCCCAAGGAAACCACUUCUUCAAUUAUCCCAGAUUUAAAUCCGAGAUUCAAAGAUUUACCCAUAGACUCAAGAAUUGAAAUUUGUCCUGAUGCUGAAUUAUAUGUGUUGAAAAUGGCUCAACUUUUAAAUAAUAAAAAGACAAUGGGUUCGGUAUUAAUUAUUGACUAUGGGACGAGUGAUGGAAUACCUGAUAAUACAUUAAGAGGCAUUUAUAAACACAAGUUUGUUUCACCAUUUAUAAAACCUGGUGAAGUCGAUUUGUCCGUCGACGUCGAUUUCACCAACCUUAAAAAUGUAACUGAAAAAAUAUGCAAGAGUUUUGGACCAGUGGAACAGGGUGAUUGGCUACAUGAAUUAGGCAUCGGCUAUAGAACUGAUCAAUUAAUUAAAGCUAAUAAUGGAAAUGUGAUUGCUCAAGAAAAAAUAUAUAAUGCUUAUGAAAGAUUAACUAGUAAAGAUGAAAAAAGUAUGGGGCAAAUCUAUAAAUUUCUUUGUUUAACACCUCAUGAAUCGAAGCCUCCCGUUGGGUUCGGAGGCUCUGUAUAA